GGCGGGUGUUUUGUUCUCUUGAGGAGGAAAAGUUUUUGUGACAUCCAGGAAAUGAGUAACUCCGCAGCCCCGUGGAGCCUGCUGACGGCGGCCCGAAGGCGGGAGCCGGCUGGGGUCCGCCGCCGCCGUCCGUCUGACUGACCCGCCGCACGCUGCCCUGCAGCUGCCGGCAAGCAGCGCGCAAAGCCCGGGUCGCAAGGCCCUCUGGCGGCGGGGAGCGGGGACCAAGGCUAAACGAAAGCUCCAACCAUGGCCAUGGGGCUCUUCCGGGUAUGUCUAGUGGUGGUGACCGCCAUCAUCAACCACCCUCUGCUUUUCCCACGGGAGAACGCCACAGUCCCUGAGAAUGAGGAGGAGAUCAUCCGCAAGAUGCAGGAGCACCAGGAGAAGCUGCAACUGGAGCAGCUCCGCCUGGAGGAGGAGGUGGCACGACUGGUGGCCGAGAAGGAGACCCUGGAGCAGGUGGCAGAGGAGGGCCAGGUGCAGAAUGAGACCCUCGUGACCUGGGACCUCUGGAGCACCCUCUGCAUGAUCCUCUUCCUGGUGAUCGAGGUGUGGCGGCAGGACCACCAGGAUGGGCCCUCACCCGAGUGCCUGGGCGGUGAUGAGGACGAGCUGCCUGGGCUGGGGGCCACCCCACUGCGGGGCCUCACCCUGCCCAACAAGACCACACUCGGCCACUUUUAUGAGCGCUGCAUCCGGGGGGCCACAGCCGACGCCACCCGCACCCGGGAGUUUGUUGAAGGCUUCGUGGAUGACUUGCUGGAAGCCCUGCGGAGCCUCUGCAACCGGGACACAGACAUGGAGGUGGAGGACUUCAUUGGUGUGGACAGCAUGUACGAGAACUGGCAGGUGGACAGGCCACUGCUGUGCAACCUCUUUGUGCCCUUCACGCCCCCUGAACCCUACCGCUUCCACCCAGAACUCUGGUGCUCCAGCCGCCCUGUGCCCCUGGAUCGCCAGGGCUACAGCCAGAUCAAGGUGGUCCGGGCCGAUGGGGAUGCACUGGGCUGCAUCUGUGGCAAGACCAAGCUCGGGGAAGACAUGCUAUGUCUCCUCCAUGGCAAGAAUAAUGUGUUGCGGCCUGGCAGCGAGAUGGAAGACCUGCUGUGUGCCGGGGAUUCCCCAUACCUGGACACAGUGCAGGUCAUGAGGUGGUUCCAGACGGCCCUCACCAGAGCCUGGCACCUCAUCGCCCACAAGUACGAGUUCGACCUGGCCUUUGGCCAGCUGGACACCCCAGGGUCCCUCAAGAUCAAGUUCCGCUCAGGGAAGUUCAUGCCCUUUAACCUGAUUCCUGUGAUCCAGUGUGACGACUCAGACCUGUACUUUGUCUCCCACCUUCCCAGGGAGCCAUCCAUGGGGACCCCGGCCUCCAGCACAGACUGGCUCCUGUCCUUUGCUGUCUACGAGCGACACUUCCUCAGAAUGACCUCUAAGGCGCUGCCCGAGGGUGCCUGCCAUCUCAGCUGCCUGCAGAUUGCCUCCUUCCUGCUCUCCAAACAGAGCCGCCUGACCAGCCCCAGUGGGCUCAGCGACUACCACCUGAAGACGGCCUUACUGCACCUCUUGCUCUCCCGGCGGGCCACCGACUGGAAGGGCAGCCAGCUCGACACCCGUCUGCACGAGUUGCUCUGCUUCCUAGAGAGGAGCCUACUCGAGAAGAAGCUCCAUCACUUCUUCAUCGGCAACCGCAAGGUGCCCGAGGCCAUGGGACUGCCUGAGGCUGUACGCAGGGCUGAGCCUCUCAACCUCUUCCGGCCCUUCGUCCUGCAGCGCACUCUGUACCGGAAGACAGUGGACUCCUUCUACGAGAUGCUCAAGAAUGCCCCGGCACUCAUCAGCGAGUAUUCCCUACACGUCCCCUCAGACCACGCCAGCCUGCCCCCAAAAGCUGUCAUCUUAUAGAGCAUAUGGGACCCCAGAGGACCAGGACAAGAGCAUCCCCCAUGCUUGCACCUGGGAGCAUCUGCAAGCCCUGUCCUGGGAACAUGGAUGUCUUUGUUGGGAGCUGUGGCUCAGCCUGCCAGGAAACCAGGUCUAUGGUGUGGAGGGAACAGAAUUCCCACUGGAAGCUGGUUUGCUUUCAUGCCAUUGGGGCCUGUUGGUAAAGUAGUUGUUUUCUUUUGGAGACUGAUUCUCUGCGGCUUCCUUUUGGAUCACCAUGAUGGCCAGGAUGAUGGCAGAACACUCUGGACACUGAGUUAGAGAAGACGCAAACACUGACUUGGGUGUAAUUCUUUUUGCAUCCUAGGCCCAGUCUGUACUUGAACAACAGCAGAGUAUCUACAAGAACGCCGACAGCGACCCACAUUAAGACCCAGGAACGCUUGGCCUCAGCCAUUUGCAGCCAAAGCACUCACAGGGACAGAGGUGGGAAUCCACAUCCUGCACAAUGAUAGGGGUCCCACUGUGGCUGCCACUUUUUUAUACUAUUUGGAGAAAAGACCUGGUAGAGACUCAAGGCCCCAGGUGGUUAAUGUCUCUGUCACAUGGAAAUCGGUACUUGGUGGCAAACUUAAAGUGGGCCACUGUUCCAGCUGCCCUUCUUACCCAGGUGCACCCCCUCCCCUGUGCCUUGCCCAGUGUGCUGUGUCCCGAGCACUAUGGGUGCCAUUCACCAUGCUCAGCGGCCCCUCUUCUCUCUUUACUAUCUCUGACCAUCAGUGUGGUAGGGGGAGGACAAAUGCUGAAGGUGGAAGCCGAUCUAGAGAAAGAGAGGCACAGGGUGACUAUGGCAAGGGGCAUAGCCUGGUGCCCAGGGUGCUGGGGUCUGGUUGUCAGUCUGGCCCAGUUCAGAGAAAGCUGCAGAACCUGGGAGCUGGCCUCCAUCUCCAGACCUGGUUCAGGAGGGUCAGGAAGCCUCUUCCUCUCCACUUGUGGUUUCACUGACCCUUUGAGAUUUUCUCUCUCAGCGUUGCCUCAGCAACCCUUGCAGAGGGCCGAGGAGGAAGUGGGAACGAGGAGCGAGACUGCACCUAUUUCUCCAGGGUUUAAGCCAGCCGUGCCUCCCAGACAGAGUAACCAAUUCCACAGGGGUGCCAAGGCUCGCCAUGAACUGAAGAAAGGAGCUCCUUCCUCUGCCCCCAAGAGAGCUCUCAGCUAGCUUCAGAAAGCUGGAGAAGAAGAUGGACUGUUUGCCUGCCAGAGUUAGUCAUGGUGGGGAGGCCUGUAGGAAGUUGUCCUGUGUGAGCUGGGGUUGGACUGAGCAUGCACUAGGGCCAGCAGGCACUCCCAGGAACGAACCUGCUGAAGUGCGUCUCUAACAGCAGCCCUGGGUCACCCCAUUCUGUCUGGAUGCAUUUCCAUAUUCAGGGCAAAUUUCCUUAUUUAUUAUCACCCAUGCCUUUCCCCUCUUCAUCCUGAUCCUGUUGUGCUUUGAAGAGACCCCAGCAACCAAGAACCAGCCUCCAAAAGCCAAGAACAAACCUGGAUCUCCUUGGCUUCCCCUUUGCUUUCGGGAGAAAGUUCACAAAAAAAUACCUUCUGGCUUCUUGUUUAUACAGAGACAACUGAACUCGGUAGGGACACAGGGAUCUUUUAUGCACCAAAGCUGCUUCUGAUGUAGAGAGCAAGUGGGGCUCUUUGUGUUUCAUGCUGCCUUAUUUAUAUUAAAGGAAGAAUUAAAUUUUGUGAGGAAUACAAA